AAACAUUUUCUUUUGAUUGAAGAAGAAAAAAAAACACAAACGAGAGCCAACCAGGUUUCUCGUCCUUCCUCCCAGGUUUCUCUGAUCUCCCUCUGUUUAUGUUAUGUUCUAGUUACCCUUUCCCCUUGAAUUUAUGGCGAUGUUGGCUUAGGUAGCAGUGCAGUAAAUUGAAUAGAAGGGAAAGCGUAGACAUAGACACAUGCAGAGGAGGCCAUGUGGGUCUCAAAGCUCAAGAACAUGAGAUGGUCCGCCAUGGUUUUGGGCACUGCCAAUUCCCUGGUGCUCAUUUUGGGUAUCUAUUUUCUGGUCUUGGCUUUCCCUUCUUGUGAUCGCGGCCUCCUCGUAAUGCUUGUGGCUGUUCCUUUCUUGGCUGCUCUCCGCAUUGCCACCAUGGUCAAGACUGGUUCAGCCCAACAAGCCACUGCCAAGACCGUUCUUGAGGAAUCUCCAGCUGAUGUUCUAGAAGAUGCUUCUCGACCCGAAACCAGGGUGAGGUACAAGAAUUGGCUUUGGUGGACUCGAUUUGCAACUGUUAUUACAGUACUGCAAUUUGUUGGUGCAUCUUCCCUGCUGUUCAGUAUGGUCAACUACAUGAUCUACUCUCAAAACAAAGCAUCAAGUUAUUGUGUUCUGGUGGCAACUUCAAGCAAUAUUUUGUGGAAGCAACAACUACUCAUCUUUUUUGUGAUCACGGUGUGUUUGGCUGCGCUGCUACAAUGUUUGGCUGGAUCCAAUGUUUUAAAAUGGAGAUCCUUUUAUGCAACCCAAGAUGAUGCAUGGAAAGCUCAUUACAGGGAGGUAUUUGAUCAUGGUAUUCGCGAGGCCUUGUGCUGUAUGGGACGAGUCAAAUACUUGAGUGUAUUGGAAGAAGAUGAGGUUUUCUCAGUAGCUCGACUGCUGGGUGACCUUGUUGCCUAUCGUGCAGCAGGCACAGGACAUCUGAAACUUAUGGCAGGUCUCGCACUAUUGCGGAACCAGAGCCAUUCACCAAAAUCCUUUGACGAGUGCAUGGAGACACCUGAAGAAAAGAUCAGGGAGGCUGCAGAUCUUCAUAAGUUUGCAGAAGCUGCCUACACGGGUCCAUUACUUGAUUUUGGAAGACACCCUUUCUUAUUUCCUUGUGCUUGGCUUUAUAGGCAAGGGAUUUUGACCCCAUGGACUCGUAACAGGCUACCCAAACUUGAUGGUGAUAAUUGGUGGCGAGGUCAUGCAGCGGCGUUUCUAAAAUAUGUAAAGUUAUCCCCAGAGGUACUUAGACAAGGGCGUGUUAACCAGGCGAAGUGUAGAGCUGCAUACUUUGUUAUAGUGCUGCAUCAUCUAAGAUCCGUGGUGAUUGCUGUUCGGGGAACUGAGACCCCAGAAGAUCUAAUUACUGACAGCUUAUGUAGGGAAUGUCGUCUUUCUGCAGAAGACUUGGAUGGAUUGAUAAAUUUUGUUUGCAGUAGCUGUCUUCUUCAACGCGAUGUAAAAGAGAGCUUGAUGUCUUUCCCUCACCAUGCACACUCUGGUAUAGUUGAGGCUGCAAGAGAUCUUUUUAUGCAAAUUGAAGGCUCUGACUCAAGUGGCCUUCUUUCUUCUUUAUUGGGAGCUGGAUGUGAGUGUGAGGGAUAUAGCAUUCGCAUAGUGGGGCAUUCCCUAGGAGGUGCGAUUGGUGCAUUGCUAGGACUCAGAUCAUGCUUGUCUUCAACAUUUGAAUUGCAGACAAAAAAUGCAAAUCAGUAUUUAAAUCUAACGCUGUAUCACCGAUACCCAAGUUUGCAUGUCUAUACAUAUGGCCCCCUUCCAUGUGUGGACUCAGUUGUAGCAAAUGCAUGUUCUGAAUUUAUUACAAGCAUUGUAUACAACAAUGAAUUUUCAGCACGCCUUUCUGUUGGAUCUCUCCUGCGGCUUCAAGGUGCUGCAAUUAUGGCAAUGUCAAAAGAUACAGAAGCCGAUUCAGCUAUGAUAUUAAGGCUUGCACGUCAUUUUCUUAAUGUAAGCAAACAUCAGAAAGAUAGGACUCAGGUAAAGGAUCCAGCUUCAGAUGCCAUUUCUGGGGCAAUCACUGCCGAGAAGCGUAGCCACCAAAUCUGUGGACCUCAAUUUGAUAUAAAAGCAAGUGAGGAACAAGAUGAGGGUUUCCUUGCGUGCAAGGAUGCUCGCACAGGUGAAACAGAUUUUGGAGCUGAUAACGAUCAAUUUACUAACCCUUUCGCCAGUGAUGCCAUUGCAAAUCAUGAUCCUGUGUCUGAGUUUAUGGAAAGUGUCCCCAGAUCUGAUAGUGUGUCACCUACCGAUCCCCCUGAGAUGUAUCUGCCAGGCCUUGUAAUUCAUAUAGUAGCACAGCCGAGGAACUUCGAUAUGCCUAUUUGGAAAGGCUGGGGAGUCCACGAGAAGACAAAAUCUCACAAAGCUUAUAUUGCAGACAGAGAAAGUUUCAAAGAUAUGAUUGUGUCACCAUCAAUGUUUCUCGACCAUCUUCCUUGGAGGUAUCAUGAUAUAGUUUCAUUUAACGAUUCUUUAUUUCAGUUGGACCAUCUUCCUUUGAUAUGUCUGACCAAAUAUUUUUAGAUGUCACGAUGCAAUGCUAAAAUUAUUGCAAGCUCGGAGCUAGCAGGUUCGAAAUACCCAGGUUCUUCCUAGUGAAUCUCCAAUGGCGUGAUUUAUGUGCAUUGAUAUUACAUAUAGGCCCCCUAAUGAGAAGACUUGAGACACGCUCCUUUUUGCCCUUGGGAGUUCAGUUUCUUUGGCGGAAAUAACGUGUCUGUAUCUUGAACACUGGUCACAGCUGCUUGUGCCGUCACAGUUGUCUGUGAACUGAUGUCCAAAAUGCAGCAUUUCAUAACUGAGGGCAAUGGCACUUGGAAGAGUAUAUUUAUUCAUCAAAUAUUCUUAGGUGGGCUUCUUCAACUAAAUCUCAUGUACAUUUCACCAUCAAUAUCUAGUUUGGCCAUUUUGCUAGAAGCCUGAAUGCCCUGGGGCAAGGGAAGUAUGAUGGUACAAAGUGAUAUAAAAAACUUAUACUGCAGAUUGAUGCAGCCUGAAUUAAAUCUCA